UUGAUAGCUCAUUGAUAAGUUUCUUGUUGAAAUUAUAGACAGGGGGGGUCGGCGUGCUGGUCUGGAACAUGGCGGCGCGGUCGUUGUGGGCGGUGCAGCGACUGCAGCGCCUCCUGGCCUCCGGGACCGCGUCGCAGAGCCGGGGAUGGCUCCACCCAUUCAGCACCGCCACCCCAAGAACGGCUGGGGAAGACUGCAGUUCUGAGGACCCUCCUGAUGUACUCGGUCCCUCCCUUGCUGAACAAGCCUUAAGGCUAAAAGCUGUUAAACUGGAAAAAGAAGUCCAAGAUUUAACACUAAGAUACCAGAGAGCUGUCGCUGAUUCUGAAAAUGUAAGGAGACGAACCCAGAGAUGUGUGGAAGACGCCAAGAUAUUUGGAAUCCAAAGCUUCUGUAAGGACUUGGUGGAGGUGGCAGACAUUUUGGAGAAGACAGCUGAGUGCUUUUCAGAAGGAGCCAAACCUGAGGACCACAAGCUUACUCUGGAAAAAGUCUUUUAAGGACUGUCUCUUUUAGAAGCAAAGCUGAAAAGUGUGUUUGCCAAGCAUGGCCUAGAGAAAAUGACGCCCAUUGGUGACAAAUACAGCCCUCAUGAGCAUGAACUCAUCUGUCACAUGCCAGCAGGUGUUGGGGUACAACCUGGCACUGUGGCAUUAGUACGACAAGAUGGCUACAAACUUCAUGGCCGCACCAUUAGACUUGCCCAAGUGGAAGUGGCAGUGGAGUCUCAGAGAAGGCUAUGAACAAGCCACAGGGAAUUAAAACUCUCCCAGGGUCCUGGCACCUCUGUCCCCUUUAUUUAUUAAGCUGGUUUGUAUUAUACAUGAGGUCCUUCGUGUGCUCUGCUUUGGAUUUAGUCAUAUUGGCUUUAUCUCUACAGUAUCUUAUUGGUUUUAUGUGACCUGUUUGGUCUCAUCAGAAGUCCUGCCACUGGGCAUCUGAACAAUGUGACGAGUGUCCUAUGGCCUUUAUCAAAAUGUUUACAAAAAUCAUUUAAAUUGGUACUCUGAUGACUGAAUCCAAAAUCCCUUAACUGUGUUUUCAACUAAUGACUGGAAUUAGUGUAGCAGCAUCUUGGGUCUUGUAUCUUAUGGGAAAGGGAGAUGGUAGGGAUUGGUUUGACAUUUAGGUCCUUAGAUGACAAAGCUUUACCUUGUAUAAAUUUAGAUCAGUUGGCUUGACUUCUACAGAGAGUUUUCAAGGCUGCUUUUCUAUUUCAUUUUUCAUUUAGUCAUCUUUUGUACUUGUAUUCCCUGCUAGGGGCACACUUAAAUUGUUCCAUAGCCACCCCUUUCUGGUCCCAUUUGGAAGGGCUAAAGAGUCAGACCAGUCUUCCUUUUUUUCUUGUUGGUAAGGUGUACUCUAUUAUUAAACUGGUCUCAAGUCUAUGAACAGGUAAGCUCUGGCUGCCUCGACAACACAGCCCACUCCCAGGGAGACCAAAAGCCUCCUUACAUCUCAAGUUAGAGAGUCAGGGAUGGGGGGCCAGGCAUAGUGGCUGACCAUUCAAAAUGAAAAGCAAAGGAUUGGGGUGGGUGAUUUUUUGCAGUACAUAAUUUACACAAAAGCAGUGCUGCUGCCUCCCUUGAACGCACUCAGAGUGAACUGGGCCAUCCUUUCCGUAGGGUGUGGUGCUGCUCUGGAGAGGACAAGGGACUUCCUGUAGCAACAACAAAAAUGCACUCAAAGUCCUCAGCCACGUUGUCACAUUGUAAAACUUGGGGGAUGCUUACCCCAAUCAGCUGCUGUCACCUUCGCCAUUCCAGUUUUUAAAUCCUGAGUCAAAAGCACCCCCCCCCAAAAAAAGAUUAUAUAUUUAUAAUUGACAAAAAGAAAAAAAAGAAAUUAUAGACAGGUAUGCAUCAUUCACAGACUUUGUGGUACA